AUGGAAGUUCAUAGAGUAUCUGAUGCAAAAGAGUCUUUCCAUAAUGUGUCCCCUUUUCUUGUCGAGAAAGCCAUUUCUGGUAAUGUAGGUGAGGUUAAAUCUAUAAAGAAGCUUCGAUCUGGCGAUUUGCUAGUUGAAGUUGGAUCCUCCAAACAAUCCAAACAAAUUGCUAUGCUAAAAAAUAUGUCUACAAUUCCUAUUCAAGUUAGUCCCCACCCGACAUUAAACUCCUCCAAGGGAGUUAUAUCCUGCGGAGAGCUAUUAAAUGUUUCUGUUGAAGAUAUAACUAAAGAUUUAAAAAAUCAGGGAGUGACCCAUGUACGGCGUAUUUCUAUACGAAGGGAUGGCCAGCUCCUAAAAACAAAACAUUUAGUAUUGACAUUUGAUUCUCCUAAAUUACCUGAGCACAUAAAAGCCGGAUAUAUGCGCCUAUCUGUCCGAGAAUAUAUUCCAAACCCAUUGCGUUGUUUCAAGUGCCAACGCUUCGGGCAUUCUAAAACUUCUUGCCGCGGGACUGUAACAUGCGCCGUUGUGCAGAAUCUGGUCAUGACAGUACUAACUGCACUGCCGAAGAGAAGUGUGUGA